CCCAUGUGGGGAGAAAUGUACGAAAAAUGGCGUGGCGCAGCUUCAAGAAAACAGUCGCUUUCAAACUAGGGAUUUGUGGCUAAUUGAGUCGUGUUUGCACUUGUCUGCUGUCGCAAAAGCGACUCAACAACGAUAUGUCAACAUGGGGACAACGGAUCCGAACAUUCGUUACCGUGGAGCCGGUAAUUUUUUUCUACAUGACCAGCACGUUUAUCGUGACACCCGCUUAUCAACAGCUGGUCAUCGCAAAGGUGUGCUAUGAGCUGUUUCAAGACUCUUACAUCUGCAGCAGCCCAGCGCACCACAAGGAUGAGGAGGAGCUGAUCGAGGGUCGUUCCUCCUACAUCCUCCUGCUCUACACAUGUGUGACCAGCCUACUGUCCAUCCCUACAGCCAUGCUGCUAGGCUCCUGGUCCGACCGCUCCAGCCGCAAGGCCGUCAUGCUGCUGCCUUGCCUUAUGUCUCUGGUCAGUGGUGGUGUGUUCAUAGCCAUGUCUCUGCUGGAGGACAUGAGUGUGUACUGGUCGCUAGCUUCCGCAGGGGUAACAGGCCUCUCUGGAGGAUACGUCUCAGUGUUCCUUAGCUCGUUUAGUUACUUAGCAGAUGUCACAGCCGGGUUGGGGAGUAACCGUACUCUGCGUAUGGCGGCGGCAGAGUCGAUGAUCUUCGUAGGAGGGACGGUGGGGUUCUUGUUAGUGGGUUUCUUGAUACAGGAGUUUGGGCUGACCUCUGCAUUUGUGGCAUACUGCUCCUGCCAUGUUCUCUCAGUGUUCUAUAUUCUGCUUUGGUUACGGGAUCCUGAACGCUCAGUCCCACCUCCACCCUCAGGGGAAGAUGGAGAUGGAGACGGACUGCCAUGUGAAGCUGGUGAUACUGACACUGAACCAUCAUCCAACCUGUUGUGCCUGUCUGAUGUCAAGAGGUCCUUCAGAGCCAUGUUCAGGAGGAGGCCAGGACAGCAGAGGCAGAAACUCCACCUCCUUAUAGUCUGCACAUUCAUCAACAACCUGGUAGCUGUAGGAGAGCAGGCUAUCUCCUUGCUCUAUUUGAUGUACGAGCCCAGGGAGUUCACAACUGAACUGUAUGGCGUGUUCAAAUCUGCCCAGAUGCUGCUGUUGGGGUUUACCCUGUUGGGGAUCUUCCCGCUGCUUAUGAGAGUGGUAGGAGAGAUGACUCUGGCCAAAGUGAGUGUGCUCUUCAGGACAGCAGGCUUAGUUCUAAUGGCCUUCUCCACUAACACAUGGAUGGUGUUUCUAGUGGCUGUGGUGUCUGCCCCUGCUGGCAUCACUCAGGCUGUCAUACGCUCUCUGUCCUCCGCCAUCGUAGAGCCAGACGAACAAGGUGCGAUGUUCUCCUUCUCUGCGUCUGUGGAGACCUCAUGUAUUAUGUUUGCAGCGGUGAUGUUUAAUGGCCUGUACCCUCUGACCCUGCCCACCAUCCCUGGCAUGCCCUUCAUCGUCAUGGCAGGCUUCACACUCAUCGUCUUCAUCUUAAUGCAGUGGAUCAGUGAGAUGCCAGCCACACAACCUCACCUGGUCAUACAGGACUAAAUCCAGUCCUGUAGUACACCUAGGAUAUGUCUCAAAUGGCACCCUACUCCCUAUAUAGUGCACAAUAUACAGUAGAUCAGGGCUAUUCAACUCUUACCCUAC